AUUUAUUUACUGCUAAUUUUUUUUUUCUAUAUUUUUCACAUUAAAUAUGGGAAAAAUAGUUUCUGCGUUUCACUUUCAAAGCCUAUCACUUUGAGUCAUUUCACUACCUAAAUUGACAAAAACCAUUGGUGGGUAUCUGUUAAUUUGGACUCUUUGGGUGCUUUUUGGAAGCUUUUAAUGGAGUUUCUGCAACUGGGUUUUUUAGUAUUUUAGUGUUUCUUCACUGGGUUUUUAGCAGCAACCUUUUCUUUUUCCAAUAUUUUGGCGAUCACUUUGUUUUUUUUUCUUUUUUUGUUUGGUAUUGAGGAUUGUUAGAGAGGAAAAAAAAAUGGUGAAUUUUAAGCAGUUUUGGACGAAGAAGACGUUGGUUGGACUUGGAUUGGGUCAAUUUUUGUCUCUUCUUAUUACUUCUACUGGCUUCUCUUCCUCUGAACUAGCUAAAAGAGGAAUCAAUGCGCCGACGUCCCAGUCUUUUCUAAAUUAUGUACUGUUGUCUGUUGUGUAUGGAAGUGUCAUGCUUUAUAGAAGGCAAGCGCUUAAGGCAAAAUGGUAUUAUUAUGUAAUUCUCGGAUUGGUAGAUGUAGAAGCCAAUUAUCUUGUGGUGAAGGCGUAUCAGUACACGUCUAUAACGAGUGUCAUGCUGCUAGAUUGCUGGUCUAUCCCGUCUGUCAUGCUUCUUACCUAUAUAUUCUUGAAAACAAAGUAUCGAUACAGAAAGAUAGCUGGUGUGAUUGUAUGUGUUGCCGGUCUUGUCAUGGUUGUGUUUUCAGAUGUUCAUGCAGGGGAUCGAUCAGGAGGCAGCAACCCUCGUAAAGGAGAUUUACUUGUAAUUGCUGGCGCAACACUCUAUGCCAUUAGCAAUGUCAGCGAGGAAUUUCUAGUUAAGAAUGCCGAUAGAGUUGAACUCAUGUCGUUUUUGGGUCUCUUCGGCGCCAUUAUCAGUGCAAUCCAAAUAAGCAUAGUUGAACGCAAUGAACUCAAAUCUAUUCAUUGGACAGCCGGUGCUGCAUUUCCAUUUUUUGGAUUUUCAUUGGCUAUGUUUCUAUUCUACUCGUUUGUCCCAGUCUUACUUAAGAUGAGUGGUUCCACAAUGCUCAACCUCUCGUUGCUUACCUCGGACAUGUGGGCUGUUGUAAUCCGAAUUUUUGCUUAUCAUGAAAAGGUUGAUUGGAUGUACUUUUUGGCCUUUGUUGCAGUAGCUGUUGGACUUAUCAUUUAUUCCGGAGGUGACAAGGAUGACGAUCAAAGCCGAGCUGAUGUUGCCGAUCAAGGUACUGAAAGAAGCAAGCAUUUUGAUGAGGAAGCUGGUUUUGACCACCUCAAUCAAGGAAAUACCGUUGGAAGCUCGAAAAUGGGGGAUACUAGCAGGCAUGAUUGUAUGACUAGCUCCGGUGGAAGGGAAACUAUCGAGAACAUGAGCAUUGGAAAGAUAUGCAAGGCAAGAAAUCAUGAUGUAUUUAUUACUUUAGAUAAAAGAAACUAUCUACUAUAGGACUUGUAAAAAGGAUUAUGAAGAUGAUAAAGAAACAUCAAUUUUGGUUGAUUAUGUGGCUAAAUGGCAUUGAAAAUAAAGAAAAUUAUAAAUGUGGUGUUGCAAUUGUCAUUUAA